AUGCGACUCAAAGACUUGGAAGCGGCGCUUCAAGACGUCACGGAUUUUGACAACCCUAAUGUAAAAUUAGAACAAUAUGCAACAAGUGCUCACUUAGCUUCCCGCAUGAUUUAUACAGCUCAGUCGACUUACGAUGAUAUUAGGAAUAAAGUCGUCGUUGACUUUGGGUGCGGUUGUGGUGUGUUGAGAGCAGUAUCGCAGCCUGUCUUUUGGGGUCAAGGUAUGAAAGAAAAUUCAUAUUGGCGUGGCGUUGCUACUCAAUCCUUCCCCAUCUAUACCAUAGGCUUAGAUAUCGAUUCGUCUGCCUUGGCCAUCGCCCAAGAAAACAUCACCGACUUUGAAUUCUACGUUGAUCUUAUCCAAACCGAUAUUGUAACAGAUCCUCUGUUGGGCUUUAGGGGAAAUGUGGAUACCAUCGUUAUGAACCCGCCAUUUGGAACGAAGAACAACAAAGGCAUCGAUAUGGCCUUCUUAAAGAAAGCGAUCGAGGUAGCGGAUCGAGCUGUUUAUUCUGUUCACAAAAGCGCUACCAGGGAGUAUAUUCUCAAGAAGGCCAAGGAAUGGAACGUAGAGUGUGAAGUUCUUGCUCAAUUGAAAUUUGAUAUCCCAAUGAAAUACAAAUUUCAUAGGAAAGAAUCUGUUGACGUUAUGGUCGAUUUUCUGAGAUUGAAAAAGAAGUAG